GCUCACUGUUUUGUUGAGAAUGACAUGCUUGAAGUGGCUCACUGGCUGGUGGUGGUGGACACAGUUAACAUAGCAGACAACUCUCUGGGGAAACGUUACAGAGCACUGCAGGUGCUCUACCACCCCCGUUUCAACAGAUACAACAAUGACUAUGAUGUGGGCCUACUGCGCACCAUCACUGACAUUAACAUGAAAGGUGGGGUGCGACCGGUCUGUUUGCCCAGUCCAAACGAGUCCUUUCCUCCUGGAGCAUCCUGUUGGAUCACAGGCUGGGGAUUUAUUCAUGAAGGAGGUUUUGUGUCAAAUGAGCUGAGGCAGGCUCAGGUCAAGGUGAUAGCUCAAUCUGCCUGCUCCCACCCGAGUGUCUAUGGCACGUACCUAACUCCUCGGAUGAUUUGUGCUGGCACCAUGAAUGGAGGGGUAGACUCCUGCCAGGGAGACAGUGGUGGACCCCUGGUGUGUGAGACAGCUAGUGGGGACUGGAGGCUGGCAGGGGUUGUGAGUUGGGGUGAAGGCUGUGGACGGCACAAUAAACCAGGCGUCUACAGCAGAAUAACUCAACUUCUCCACUGGGUUGAAAGAUUUAUAGAGCAAGGCAAACCAGAGAACUUGGAGGAGACCACAACAGCCAUGACCGACACCUCUUCAGAACCUGAGACAUAAUAACUGAAAAUAAAGAGGCAGAUCACCUGUAGUUGCUUGUCUGUGUUGUUGGUUAUAAAAUAAACCAAAAUUACUGUAAUAUUAGUAGGCAGUAGUAGGUAUGUAUGCACUACAGCUUGAUGGAUAUAUUGAUUUUUGCUUUUCAGCUUAUUAAGCUUAUAUAUCACUAAUGUACUGUAUAUGUUGGGCAAUAAGUUACAAGAAAUUUUAGUACAGCAAUGCCAAGGAAAUGUUUGAAGUAAUUUAGAGACAGUGCCACUGUUAUAUCGUUUGUCCACCAAAUAGCACUAACAAGUUUAUUUUUUAGCAAUAAAAUAUCCCACCCAAUAUCUUUAUCACAAUUAUUAAAAAG